AGGUACCAGCACCGCCGUAGUUAUUUGAUAAAAUAAUAAGUUCCUCGUCGUCUGCUGCAAAUUCUCGGGCAAAAAUGUCCUCGUCGUUGGAACAGCACGCGCGGGGGAAAAGGACGACGUGGAAUCGCGGUAUUUUUGGCAUUUCCGCGGUGAUGAUGUGUCUACUUUGUUCCACCGUCAGUAGCAGUGACUCGUCGUCCAUCGGCAUGAUGGUCGGCAACUGGAAGCUCGACGGCUACGACAACCACUUUGACUCCUACCUCAGCGAACUGGGUGUGGGAUUCCUCUCGCGGAAGAUCGCCUUGUCCGUCAAGCCCCUGGUCAAGUUGUCGCGGAAUGCCGCCGACGGGACGUGGACCAUGAAGAUCGAGACGAGUCUGCGAUCGUCGUCGGUCAACUUCAAAAUCGGCGAGUCAUUCACGUACGAAACGAUGGAUGGCAGGAAAGUAAAGGCGACGGUGGCCCUGAGCGGGAACGUGAUGACCUUGCGGGAAGAGAACCUGGCAGAUAAAAAGAUCAACACGGUAACACGAACGUUUAACGGUGGCAAAAUGACUACGGUGAGUGUUUCCUCCUCCUCCACUCCUGCUGCUCAUGAUGCUGCGGUGUUUUGCUUCUUCUUCUUCUUCUCCUCCUUCUUCUUCUUCUUCUUUUAG